AUGGCGCUCACUGUCCCCGGCACUCAAGGCUCAACUUACCCGGACAUCGUGGAGCUGAACGUGGGCGGCCAGGUGUACGUGACCCGGCUGGACACCCUCACGGCGGUGCCCGACUCUCUCCUGUGGACGAAGUUCAGCCAAAGUUCCCCGGAAGAUUUGCCCAAAGACAGCAAGGGCCGCUUCUUCUUCGACCGCGACGGCUUUUUGUUCCGAUACAUUCUGGACUACUUGCGGGACUCGGAGCUCUUUUUGCCGGAGUUCUUCAAGGAGAGGCGGCGGCUCCAGAAGGAGGCGGACUUCUUCCGACUGCCGGAGCUGUCCAAGCGCCUCGGCGAGGAUGACAGCUCCCUCGCGGAGGACAGCACGGAGCCGGAGGACGCGGAGCUCCUCAGCCCGGCCACGACCCCUUCCUCCUCGGACAGAACGCCGCGCUCGCCCGGGUCCACUUCCGGGUACAUCACCGUGGGCUACCGGGGCAGCUACACCAUCGGCAGAGACAUCCAAGCGGACGCCAAAUUCCGCCGGGUGGCCCGAAUCACCGUGUGCGGCAAGAUCGCCCUCACCAAGGAAGUCUUCGGGGACACUUUGAACGAGAGCCGAGACCCGGACCGACCCCCGGACAAGUACACGUCCAGGUACUACCUCAAGUACAACUUCCUGGAGCAGGCGUUCGACCAGCUGGCGCAAGCUGGCUUUCACAUGGCGGCGUGUAGCUCCACCGGGACUUGUGCCAACAGCGACCCCGGGGAUGACAAGAUGUGGACCAGCUACACCGAGUAUGUUUUCAGCCGGUAACUGCUCAUGUGUAGACACAAAAUGGUACCUUUAGGUUUAGACCCCCAUGAUAACUUAUGUUUAGACACAAAAUGGUAACUUAAUGGUUAGACCCAACAUGGAAGCGUAUCAUUUUUAUAAUGUUUGGACCCUAAGUGGUAACUCCUAGUGUUUGGAACCAAAAUGGUAACUUUUUUUGGACCCAAAAUGGAAACUUUAUGUUUUGACCCAAAAUAGUAACUUCAUGGUAAUUUACCAUGUUUUGAACCAAAAUAGUGAACUUCACGGUUUGACCCAAAAUGAUAGCUUACCAUGUUUUGACCUAAAAUGGGAACUUCAUGGUUACACCCGAAAUGGUAACUUACCAUGUUUUCAACCAAAAUGUGGAAUUUCAUGGUUAGACCCAAAAUGGUAACUUUCCAUGUUUUGACCCAAAAUGGUAACUUUGUGGUUACACCCGACAUGGUAACUUACUUGCACUCGAAAUGGUAACUUACCAUGUUUUGAAACAAAAUGGUGAACUUCAUGUUUGGACUCAAAAUGGUAAUUUACCAUGUUUUGAACCAAAAUGGUAACUUUCCAUGUUUUGACCCAAAAUGGUAACUUCAUGGUUACACCCGACAUGGUAACUUACUUACACUCGAAAUGGUAACUUACCAUGUUUUGACCCAAAAUAGUGAACUUCAUGGUUCCACCCAAAAUGGUAACUUACCAUGUUUUGACCCAAAAUGGUAACUUCAUGGUUACACCUGAAAUGGUAACUUACCGUGUUUUGAAACAAAAUGGUGAACUUCAUGGUUUGACCCAAAAUAGUAGUUUACUUACACCCGAAAUGAUAACUUACCAUGUUUUGACCCAAAAGGGUAACUUCAUGGUCACACCUGAAAUGGUGACUUACCAUGUUUUGACCCAAAAUGGUAACUUACCAUGUUUUGUCCCAAAAUGGUAACUUACCAAGUUUUGACCCAAAAUGGUAACUUCAUGGUUACACCUGACAUGGUAACUUACUUACCCCCGAAAUGGUAACUUACCAUGUUUUGACCCAAAAGGGUAACUUCAUGGUCACACCUGAAAUGGAUUAUCAUGUUUUUACCCAAAAUAGUGAACUUUGAGACACUUGUGAUUUAGGGCUAUAUAAAUAAACAUUGAUUGAUUGAUUGAUUGAUUCAUGGUUAGACCCAAAAUGGUAACUUACCAUGUUUUGACUCAAAAUGGUAACUUCCUGCUUACACCCGAAAUAGUAACUUACCAUGUUUUGCCCCAAAAUGGUAACUUCCUGGUUACACCCGAAAUAGUAACUUACCAUGUUUUGAAACAAAAUGAUGAACGUCAUGGUUGGACCCAAAAUGGUAAUUUACCAUGUUUUGAACCAAAAUGAUGAACGUCAUGGUUGGACCCAAAAGGGUAAUUUACCAUGUUUUGAACCAAAAUUGUGAGCUUCAUGGUUAGACCCAAAAUGGUAACUUACCAUGUUUUGACCCAAAAUGGUGAACUUCAUGGUUAGACCCAAAAUGGCAACUUACCAUGUUUUGACCCAAAAUGGUGAACUUCAUGGUUAAGUAUAAGUAUAGUGGCUGUGGGUUAGUUUUUGCCUCAUCCCUCACUACCGACCUGAUAAGUCUAAAAGAGAUGAUACAGUAUUAUCUCAUGCCAGAUGCAGCUAGUCCUGUAUAGUCCCACUCCUUAAUGCUUCGGUCACACGCAGGAUUCUCACAGGAGUGAGGCAAAAAUACUACCUUGCCAACUGUAUGGCAUGUUAUUAUAUGGGUCAGUGUGUUUGUUUCGGUUGUUGAAGUUUCUUUCAAUGAAUGGACAUUGAAAAACAAUUGGUUAAAUUGAAUUUUAUUUUGAAACCAAAACUUUUUUUUUUUAAACAAAGCAUUUUCUGUUCCUGUUUACAGCGCUAAGCCUUCUGGGUAAUGUAGAUGAUAAACAUUUAACACACUGACUCACUUUACAUGUAUUUAUAUAUUUAACAUUUAUUUAUCCAAUUAUGGAACAUAUUUACAUUUACAACGCUGACCUAGCAGAGAAUUUGUUAGAGAUGUUGAAGUGUGAUGAAAGCCUCUCACUUACCAACAAAAAUAGCGCUAUUGAUCGCCUUUAAAAAAACUUAAAUGAUUGUUUAAGAUGGACAAACACUUUUCAAGCGUAAAACAUACACGGAGAAUGUCUGCAACUUGUGAAUAAACCCCAUAUCACAGUCGGGCUUUAUUUGUAAUUAUUAAAUUUUUUUGUUAUUAUUUUGCACUAAAGAUGAAUAAUUUGUGUAUUACACCAAAAAUGCUUCCAAAUAAAUACAGGGUUGGAUCAAAUAGAAUGAAAAUCUGGGCUUUCUGGGAAUCCAGUCUGGACAAAAAUGUCCGGGGCCAAAUUUUUGUCCCAUAGGAAAAAAUAACUGUUGUAGCUUGUGUUUAUUAUUUAAAAAAAAAAAAACAACAACAUUAAAUUAUGAUCAUUUGAUAUCAUAAUAAUAAUAAUAAUAAUUACUUCAAUUAUAAAUGUAUUUUUUUCUGCUGACUGAUUUAAAUUUUUGUUUUAAGAAGUGUAAAAUGAAAGUAAAACAGUUAUUUAGAUCCAAUUACUGCUCUUUCGACACUGGAAAAAGAAGAACGCUUGUUUGUCAAUUGUGCAUUUCAAAAUAAAAUUCCUGAUCAAUUGUUUUUGUUUUUCAUAUCCAAAUUCAUAAACAAACAAAUAGUGAGCAAACGCUGACUCUUAUAGUUCACUUUAUUUUCUGGGCUGUCCAAAUUUGGGGGCAUUUUAUUUUGUAAGAAGGCUAGGAAAAAAGGUAUGUAUUAUAACUAUGUAUUUUAACUCAUUAUAAAUAUUAUCUUAAAUAUGGUCUAGUUAUUAGCAUUAGUUUUUUUUUCUUUACAGUGUACCUUUUUGCUCUUUUUUUUUUUUUUUACAUUUUUUUGUGUGUUUAAUUUUACUUGUACAAUGUGUCGCAGACACUUUGGUUGUGGUUUCUUUGUUUCGGACAUGUUUAACACGUUGCAUAACUCAAUUGAAAAGGAGUAGGAAGAAGCAGAGCUUACUCAGUCCUUUACCCUAACACCAAAUGUUUAACAUGUUUGUCACUUCCAAUGUUGUUUGUGUAAAUAUUUUGUCAAUAAAACGGUUCUU